CUUACCUGUAGCCGCCACUCCAGUCUCAGUUGGUACGGAGACCGCAGGUGUGACGGUCCUCACGCGAGUGCGCGAGUGUGUGUGUGUGUGUGUCUUUCCAGCACUGGCUGCUAGUGUGUGUCCUCAGAGUGCGCUGGAUGCAGCUGCGAGUGUUAUGAUCGGAGGAGUCCUACCGGCUGGUAUUUCCAGAAGGGAUUGUGGUAUUUCCAGAAGGGACUGUACCAUGUAAGGCGGCCUGAUGCCUAGUCGCGGGUUCUUCUCACGGGCGGUGCACUCUAGCAGCUCUGUGAAGCCUGGACCCGCGUCCCUGCCGUCCGUGCCCCAUCCUGUCUAUCCGGGUCCCUCGCCUCACAUCAAGAAUGGCGGGUGGUGGGGCGUACCGCCCUGGCUUCAGAGGGGUAACAAGGGCCUCGCCAGACACAAUUCCGGCCCUAUACCUCAGGUGUCGCCCUCGGGGCCCUCGUCGUUGCCAGGCACGGUGCCUGGCACCCUCCCUGGCACCUUGCCUGCCAGCCUGCAAGCGCCUCAUUCUGGCAUUCACACAAGCACGCUUCCUGGUCGAACCAGUCAUCACCCCUACUACCAUCACCACCCUCAAUACCUGGAACAGAAACAGCAGAUUAAUCUCGAGCAAAAACGGUCCCAUAAAGUUGAUCAGAAAAAGUAUCACAGUGAGCAGAAGAAGCAGCAGCUGAAACAGCAACAGCAGCUACAGCUACAGCAGCAGCAGCAGCUACAGCAGCAGCAGCAGCUAGCUGCUUCUCGUGCGCCCUCUGUAUUGGGGUCUCGCCCAUCUUCUGUGUUAGGGAUACGACCGUCAUCUAUGAUGGAAUAUAUGCCGUCAACGGUGAUGGAGAGACUGCCUGCGCCUGUGUUGGAACCUGCGUCAUCAUCCGUGCUGGGGUCCCGGCCAUCAUCCGUGCUGGGGUCCCGGCCAUCAUCCGUGCUGGGGUCCCGGCCAUCAUCCGUGCUAGGAUCCCGGCCAUCAUCCGUGCUGGGAUCCCGGCCAUCAUCAUCUUCCUCGUGCUCCAUUUCGGCGUCCCGGUCAUCAUCCGUGCUGGGGUCAGAGGCACCAUCAUCCGCCACGAGGGCUCGACCCCACACACCUCAUGACCCCAUUUUAACGAAUGGGUGCACCAAAGGCCCCCUCCAGACGUCGCCUCCCGCCUGGCCAGGGCUCCUCCACCGCGACGCUGACGAAGACAUCGCCGAGAAACAGCAGUUCAUUUGUCAAGAGCCAAACCAUGUCGACACCCCAGCCCACCCCAGGCAGCGCCAGGAGCAGCAGCAACAACUUGGAAAUAAUGAACAACUUGGAAAUAAUAUUUCCCUACACCAGCUGGUGCGUGUGUCGUCCUCGCUACCUGCAGCCCCAGAUAAAAAGGUUGAUCCAGAGCUGAUUUUCACCAAACAAGAAAGAAUUGGCAAGGGUUCCUUCGGUGAAGUGUUCAAGGGUGUAGACAAGCGUACUACACAAGUGGUUGCUAUCAAAAUCAUCGAUUUGGAAGAGGCUGAGGAUGAAAUUGAAGACAUCCAACAAGAGAUAAUGGUUCUUUCCCAGUGUGAUUCUCCUUAUGUUACCAAGUAUUAUGGCUCUUAUCUUAAAGGUACCAAAUUAUGGAUUAUUAUGGAAUACCUUGGGGGUGGAUCAGCUCUGGACCUGAUGAAGGCUGGCAGCUUUGAAGAAAUGCACAUCGCUGUUAUCUUACGCGAAGUUAUAAAGGGUUUAGACUACUUACACUCUGAGAGAAAACUUCACCGUGAUAUAAAAGCCGCCAAUGUAUUGCUGAGCGAGAUGGGUGAUGUGAAACUGGCGGACUUUGGUGUGGCAGGACAGUUAACAAACACAACAAGCAAACGAAAUACAUUUGUUGGCACUCCAUUCUGGAUGGCACCCGAGGUCAUCAAACAAUCUGCAUAUGACUCCAAGGCAGACAUCUGGUCGUUGGGAAUCACAGCCAUUGAACUCGCCAAAGGGGAGCCACCCAACAGUGACCUUCACCCUAUGCGAGUUCUCUUUCUUAUACCCAAGAAUAACCCUCCACAACUCACUGGCAACUAUAGCAAACCUUUCAAAGAAUUUGUAGAAGCCUGUUUAAAUAAGGACCCAGAAAAUAGACCCACUGCCAAAGAAUUGCUCAAGUUCCCAUUCAUCCGUAAGGCCAAAAAGAAUGCAUACCUCAUGGACCUGAUCGACAGGUUCAAGUCCUAUAAGAAGAAUUGCACAGACACAGAUACCGACUCGGAUCCUUCAGAUUCUGAGGAUAGCCGAGUUGAAAGUGAUGUUGAAGAUCCAGCGUGGAUUAUGACUGUAAAGGGUCCUCCUGGUGGAUUGUCACCAACAAGCAAACAGGAUGAUAUUCCAGUCACUUCCACUUCCCCACUGUCGUCAUCGCCGCCACUUCAGUUUAACAAUUUACCAGCAUCUUCCAUGUCUUCCCAGGCUCAUUCUCCACCCAAGGAAAAUAAUGGUGUAGUCUACAGAGAAAAGACAUCAUCACCAACACGUCCAACAUCAGUAGCACCACCACCUCCAGUUGAAAACGAAAAACGCAGAGAUUCUCGUCACAUGGAUCACAGAACUUCGAGAGACAUGGACAUUUCUCCACGUUCUAGUGAAUCACAUACAAAUGGUGAUGAUCGACGACUGUCGAGAGAGCUAACAGACAUGCGAAUUGAACCGGAAGAUUCCAGGAAUGAUACUGACCGUCCAGAUAGAAAUGAAUUCAACGACAGACGCCACAGUCGAGAGGCUCAUCACCCAAGGGACAAUAGAUCAAGUUUAGUGGAUGGUCGUGAAGUAAGGCGGCCAGAGCAUCGUCUUAGUUCUUCACAUCCACAGCCUCCAAGAGCAAAAUCUCCUCCAGCAAGUGCGAGCACAUUAGCUGGGGUUGUACUACCACUUAUCUCCGAGCUUCAGCGCCGCCAUCGACACUCUGGUCGAGGUGGAGAUGCCCACCGAACCGACGCUAUUGAGGAACUCAAGUCGGCAUUUGAAUCGGCAGAGCGAUCAAGCCCUGGCGUUACUGAUGCGUUUAUUCGUGACCUCUUUUCUAAACUCCUUCCCAAUAUGACUGAAGCAAGGAUCAGGCAAGCGCAUGAAAAUUUAAUGCGGUGAAGUUCUGGGACAGUGUUUGUAAACAAGGACUAUAGAGAACUCCAAGUACUUGUUGUGUAUCAGUGAUAGUUAAUUUAUCUAACUGUGUGCAACAGUUGCAAAACUCACAGAAAAUGCUGCAUAUAUACUUUGAUAUGGUGAGAGUGGAACUAUCAUGGAGCAUAAACUAAUUAAUUCUAAGUGAGACUUUGCCCCUGCAUCUUACGCAUUUUGUAUUUUGAGUGACAAUAGUCUGUAUUGAAGUUUUCUUCCUCUUCAACAUCAUGUACUCGAGGCUCUUUUGGGGAUUCAGGCAGGAAGGCUACCAUUCUGAAAUACCUGUAAUCCUAUCCUGUGCAAUAUGCAUUUAUUUUUUUAUUUUUGGGGGCAUAUAUGAAACGAGAGAAAAAAUAGUUGGGAGUAUUGUAUUUAUUACUUAACCUAAUUUAUUCCGUAUUUAAAUUUUUCAUUAUCAUUUUCAACAACUACUUGAACAACAAAUUUGAGAGGAUCAGGGAAACUCGAUAGACAGUUAGAAAUCUGUUGCGUUUAAUGAAGGAAACAAUGAACAGCAUGGCAUUGUACAUACCUUGUGACCUCAGUGCCUCAAAUGCAGUGUCUUGACGGGUGCCCAUAUGUAGGUGAGCACAAUGCACCACCAACCAACUCCCCAGUAAUGGUGACAGUGCACCACCAACCAACUCCCCAGUAAUGGUGACAGUGCACCAUCAACCAGUUCCCUGGUACCUGUAACGGUUACAGUGCAUCAACCAGCUCCCUGGUGAUGGUUACAGUGAAUUAUUCAGCUGUAGUCUUGUUUAUUAUGCAUGCUUACAGGUUAAACAGGAUUUUUUUGUUUGUGACACGCCUUUGAUUUCCAUUUCUAGUAAACCAAUGAUACAAUAUUUUAUGGGAGGAGGAGGAGGUAAACCACUUGAAUAGCUAUGUAUUAUACUAGUGUAUAUAACCUGUGUAAGUCAGUGACGUUAAGUGUGUCUGAAAUGUGUACAUAUUUGCCCCAUUUUAGCCAAGCUAAAUCAAAUCUAGUUUGGCCGUAACAAAGGGCUACAGCUCCCACCCUUCUGAUCCAUAUCAUUAGCUAAUCACUGCUUGGUACAUUUCUUAAAUCAUGAGUUAUGUGAUUUUUGUAGGGACACUGAACAUUGUAAAUUUGUUUUAAGGGGGAAAAUGUUUUUAUAAUGUCAUUUUCAGACAUGGAUAUGAAAUUAAUUUCCAAUCUUGGUAUAGGAUUUCAGCAAAGGCUCAAGAUUAGUGAUUGUCCCAUCUUUGCCAUACAUCCCUUUGUGAUACUUGCCCAUUUUUAGUAGCCAAAGAUGUUACUAUUUAUUUCUUGUUAUUAGACACUUCUUAUUUCAAGUGUCCAAGACAUUGUAGGUUGUAUCCAAUUCUGAAUUAUUCUAAUUUUAUAUACUAUGAUGCAAUUUUGCCUUAGAAAACAAAAAAUUCCUACAUGAAACCAACAUUCCAGUACUGGUGAUUUUCUUCAGAAUGGGAAUAGAUUUGAUUCGCCUAGUCCUACCCUGGUAAUGUUUCUUACGGCUUUCUGAAAAAUAACACAUGCACACACACACAACAUACAACACAUACAACA